UAAAAUAGCCCAUGAUGCACCGGAAGCGCAUAAAGAAGUCGGCGGAAGUUGUUGUGAAAUCUCAUGUUGUGCGCGCUCCCUGCGCUUCUGGAACUGUUCCACUCAAACUCACAGCCCGCCUGGUGAAUACUGCAAAUUAUCGCACAGGUCUUUUGAAUCCAUUGAGGUCUUCAAGCUAGUCUUGAAAUCACUACUAGGUUGUUUUGCUUCAUAAUUUGUCAAUAUGGAGCAGAACAACAGUCUACCUCCUUUCCCUCAAGGGCUGGCAUCUCCGCAGAGUGCCAUGACACCUGGCAUUCCCAUUUUCAGUCCUAUGAUGCCGUAUGGCACGGGACUUACACCACAGCCAGUGCAGAACACCAACAGCUUGUCCCUCCUGGAGGAGCAGCAGCGACAGCAGCAGCAGCAGCAGCAACAGCAACAGGCAGCCUCACAACAGCAGGGUGGGAUGGUGGGAGGUUCAGGCCAGACACCCCAGCUGUACCACUCACAGGUGUCCACGACUACGGCACUGCCAGGCAACACGCCACUUUAUACCACACCUCUCACCCCUAUGACCCCCGUCACUCCUGCCACACCAGCCUCAGAGAGCUCUGGCAUCGUUCCCCAGUUACAGAAUAUUGUGUCCACUGUAAACUUGGGGUGCAAACUUGACUUGAAGACGAUAGCACUUCGAGCCAGAAAUGCUGAAUAUAAUCCAAAGCGUUUUGCUGCUGUAAUCAUGAGAAUACGAGAACCCAGAACAACUGCUCUCAUCUUCAGCUCAGGGAAGAUGGUGUGCACAGGAGCUAAAAGUGAGGAACAGUCCCGAUUAGCAGCCAGAAAAUAUGCCAGAGUGGUGCAGAAGUUGGGUUUUCCUGCCAAAUUCUUAGACUUCAAAAUUCAGAACAUGGUGGGCAGCUGCGACGUCAAAUUUCCCAUCCGAUUAGAGGGCCUGGUGCUUACACACCAGCAGUUUAGCAGCUAUGAACCAGAGUUAUUUCCAGGAUUAAUCUACAGAAUGAUCAAACCGAGAAUCGUCCUUUUAAUAUUCGUUUCAGGCAAAGUUGUACUCACAGGUGCAAAGGUUAGAGGAGAAAUCUAUGAAGCUUUUGAGAAUAUAUACCCAAUCUUAAAAGGGUUCAGGAAGACUACGUAAUCUCUGUGCAGCACACCGUUCUGUUACCGCUAGUGAAUUACUUGCUGAGCCCACCGGUAUGUCUGGGGUGACUGUUUCAUUUACUUUUAUAAGCUUGUAAAUAUAAAGGACACCUUUUUCUUCACUCAGAAAGUGGAUCGAUCUGAGGAUAAUGCUUUUAUUUUACCUUUUUAAAAUGUUUCUCACCCGCCAUUUGGUUUUGAAAAUACUGUUUUAUCCAUGUCUGAUCAUUUUAACAAAAUCUUUUAUGGUUUUAUGAUGUUAUAAUGUUCAGCAUUUCAUACAUACUUUUACACAUUCCCUUUGUUAGCAGGUUUUAUGUGUAUUGCAUUACUGAUUGUCUGUGUUGGCUGUCCAUCAGUGAGAGGAAUCAGUCUGUGGCAAUUAAUGCCCUCGUUGACCAUUGCAAGAAAAUUUUGUUUGAAGGAGCGCAUUUAGGUUAUUUUCUAACAAAGCUUUGCAAACAAGUAUGCGGAUCCUUCAGUUGUUGAAAUCAUUAUGUGGAUUUGACCAUUAAGUUAGUUUUGAAUGAUAACCGUUGGCAUAUCUAACAGCUGAAUUCCCAUUUCAUUGUAUGAUGUGCUGUAGGUCUCCCAUAAGCCCCCUGUAAAGCACUGACAUUUUAAUUUAAUUUGUUUGUCUAUGUAACUAACUUACUUUGCUACAUUGAAUGCAAAUAAAUGUUUGCCAACUUCA